AUGCGCUCCAACUUUGGAUUCGGUUCCCGCGGGAAUGCCGAUAUCGAGAAGGCUCCUCAUGUCGACAAUGCCUAUGAGAGUCAUAGCAACGAGACUACCUUCGACAAUGUUCCCGACAAUUUCAGUGACGGUGCCGUUCCGGGUGAAACCUUCGAGUACGGUGACUCGCUCUAUGCGAAGCUUCAACGAUUUGCUGGCAAGCUCAAUGUCGAGCAGCGUGGUAUCGAGCGUGUGCCAGAGAAUGAACGGACGGAUACUUCCUACUUGAAUAUUGGUAGCAUGUGGUUCGCUGCCAACAUGGUCGUCAGUUCCUUCGCCAUCGGCGUUCUCGGCCCAUCCCUUUAUGGAUUAGGCUUCGUGGACUCCAUACUAGUGUGUCUGUUCUUUAACCUGCUUGGUGUCUUGUCCGUGUGCUUCUUUUCCUGCUUCGGACCCGCCUUCGGUUUGCGCCAGAUGGUUCUGUCCCGCUUCUGGUUUGGAUGGUGGCCUGUGAAAUUCAUCGCCUGUCUCAACGUUAUUGCCUGUGUCGGUUGGUCUGCCUCCAACGCCAUUGUUGGCGCACAGCUCCUCAACGCCGUUAAUGGAGUUGUCCCUGGUUACGGAGGUGUCCUCAUCAUCACCUUCGUCACGCUUUUCAUCACCUUUGCCGGAUACAAGGUCGUUCACAUCUACGAAUUCUGGAGUUGGAUCCCCACCUGCAUUGUGUUCUUCAUUGUACUGGGCAUGUUCGCACACUCGGGUGACUUUUACAACAUCCCCAUGGGAGUCGGAACUUCCGAGCUGAGUGGCUGCCUGGGCUUCGGAGCAACCGUUUACGGUUUCGCUACAGGCUGGACCAGCUAUGCCGCUGACUACACGGUCUACCAACCCGCGGAUCGCAGUCGCCGCAAGGUCUUCGCCUCGGCCUGGAUUGGUCUAAUUAUCCCACUGCUCUUCACUGAAUUCCUUGGUAUCGCCGUGAUCUCCCCCGCCAUGCUCAACGAUACCAACAAGUACUACAUCGGCUACAACACAUCCGGCAACGGCGGCUUGAUCGCAGCCGUCCUCGAUCCCCUCGGUGGAUUCGGCAAGUUCUGCCUCGUCAUCCUCGCCCUCUCCAUCGUCGCCAACAACUGCCCCAACAUUUACUCCGUCUCCCUUACUCUGCAGGUCCUGGGCCGCUGGACCCAGAGGGUGCCCCGUUUCAUCUGGACCUUCCUCGCCUCGUGUGUCUCUCUUGCCAUCGCUAUCCCGGGCUACUCCGACUUCCAGACCGUUUUAUCGAACUUCAUGGACUUCAUUGCCUACUGGUUGGCCAUUUACACCGGUAUCAGCGUUGCGGAUCACUUUAUCUUCAAGCGCGGAUUCGGUGGCUACACCCCAGAGAACUACGAUAAGCCUGAAAAGCUUCCAAUUGGUAUCGCCGCCACUGUUGCAUUCUGCUUCGGUGUUGCUGGUAUGGUUACUGGUAUGAGUCAGACCUGGUACACCGGCCCCAUUGCGAAACACGCUGGCGGCUACGGUGAUGUUGGUUUCGAGUUGGGUCUUGCCUUCUCGUUUGUUGUGUACAGUGCUGUGCGACCCUUUGAGCUCCGUUAUUUCGGUCGGUAG